AUGACAGAGGACAAUUGUUUCGUUUAUGCUUGCAUUCAGGCUGGAGUAAAUGAAGAAACUAUUGACCACAUGAGAGAAGUCAUUCGUGUUAGAGACUUUCCUCAAAGUAAAGUACAAGAAAUUUCUGACGCAACAGGUAUAGCAUUUAAUGUUACCAUUGGUUAUUUCAAUAACUCAAGACAUAAUGAAAUAAAGAGAUAUAUACCAAAAGAAUGUAAAACUAUUCGAACUAUUGACUUACUUCUUGUUGAAGACCAUUACAUGCUAAAUGAAAGACUUCCAAUGACAACAUACUUCAUUCGAAACUAUAAAGAAAUUCUCAAAGCUUGUGGUGGAAUGAACAUUGAGAAACAGAUGAAGAUUUAUACAAAGAGAGAGAACAAAUAUGUAGUUCGUUAUGAUAGAACAACACCGUUAUGGGAUGUUAUGAAAACAUUGUGGGAGUGCAAAUAUUUUGAACCUAUUUCUUAUGGAGAACUUUUCACAUAUACGACUGACUUAUAUAAACAGAAUCUUGCACCAUUUAAAGACUUGUCAUAUGCUCCAAAGUAUUGUGUACAACUGAAGGAGAAAGCAGAGUCAAAAGAAGUAAAUAAAAAUAAGUGCAAGUUCAUUUCUGAGCACGUUUUCUUUGCUGACUUUGAGUGCAGUACUGAUGGCUUUCAUAAAGCUUUUAACAUAUGUUAUGACAGUGAAGAUGGUUCAGUGAGUGAAAGCAUUUGGGGUCAGAACUGUGCAACAGAAUUUUUGGAGCGACUUCCUGACAAGAGUUUAAUAUAUUUCCAUAACCUCAGUUAUGACAUAAACUUCAUCUUAAGACACAUGACAGAAGUGAAAGGAACUCCCAUCAUUAAAGGUUCACGAACAAUGCAAAUAACUGGCUUAUAUAAAGGCCGGGCAAUUAUUAUAAAAGACUCUUACAGUGUUAUAAAUAAGAAACUUAAACUAUUUCCUGCUAUGUUUAACUUACAAACAGGACCGAAAGAAGUAUUUCCAUACAACUACUACAGCAGUACUUUGCUCAUGAAUGACAACAGAACUGGUGUCAUUUCUGAAGCAUGUAAGUUUAUCCAGGAUGCGGAUACAUUCAUGAAAAACAUAGAUUCCAUCAAAGGUUGCAGAAUAGAUGAAAACCACUUCGACUUAGAAAAGUAUAGCACAUUUUAUUGCAAACAAGAUGUAAGAAUUUUAAGAGAAGGUUUUGUAAAGUUCAGAAAUGACUUAUUGAAAGAGUUUGAUUUAAACGUUUAUGACUACGUUAGUAUUUGUUCAAUUGCUAACAAAUUAUUUGAGAACAGAGUGUACUUCCCGAAUGGAAAUUUAUAUGACCUCUCAAAUAAACCAAGAGAGUUUAUUUCGAGAUGCAUUCAAGGUGGAAGAUGUAUGUUGUCAGAUAACAUUAAACAAAAGAGUAAAGAAAAACUCAUUGCUGAUUUCGACGCUGUUUCAUUAUAUCCAUCAGCUAUAGCAAGACUUUAUACUUUAGAAGGUAUUCCAAAGGUUAUGAAGAAAGAAAUGUUAAGCACAGAGUAUCUCAUGAGACAUUUAUUCGAUGACGACCAAAAGGAACCCAUUGGUGAAAAGUUUAUGUCUGGCUUCUUUGUUCUCAUUAAGAUAACAGAGAUUGGAAUACAUAGACACUUUCCUUUAAUAGUUUGUGACCCUGAACUAAAUCCAGAACUUAACGUUCCCAGAAGUUCAAACACUUGCUGUUUAAUGUAUGUUGACCAUAUAACAUUACAAGACCUCAUAAAAUAUCAAGGUGUCAAAUGUGAAGUGUUGCAAGGAUACUAUUACGAUGGAAACAGAGAUAUUAGAAUAAGAGAUGAAGUAAAGAAGUUGUUUGAGUUAAGGUUAAAGUAUAAGAAAGAAGGAAAUCUUUUGCAAGAAAAUAUAAAGCUCAUUCUGAACAGUAUUUAUGGCAAAACUAUUCUAUCUCCUAUUGAGUCAAAAAUAACCAUAGUAAAUGACAAAGAUGCUAUAAGAUAUGCCAUCAGAAACUACAACCAUAUAGUGAAGUUCGAAG